AGUGUUGCGGUGGAUCCUCCAUCACUGACGAUUUUUAAAUCAAGGUUGGAUGGUUUUGUAAAAGCUCUGCCCGAAGAAUGAUUUUGGGGCAGGUCUUUGGCCUGUUAUACAGGAGGCCAGACUAGAUGAUCACAAGGGUCCCUUCUGGCCUUGGAAUGUGAGAGACCCUGCUGUGCUUUGUGUAAGUAACAUGUUGGUACUGUAUGAAAUCAGUGCAGCCAGUAUUAAAUGGAUUGGAAGCUGGCUAAUUGCUAGAUCUCCAGAAAUAAUUGGCCCAAUGUUCCUGGUCCGGUGCUAUUUGUCAGUGAUCUAGAAGAUAAAAUGCGUGCUGGGAAAAUUUGCAGCUGACGCAAGGGUUGGUUUAAUGGUGAGUAGUGGUAAGGACACGUCAGUUAUAUAGAGUGGUCAGGAUCUCUUGGUGAGAUGGACUCAUUUGUUUAACAUAAGUUUUUAGUACAGCCUGAUGGAAGAUCAUACACCUAGGAACAAAGAAUGUAGGUCACUGUAAUGGCAUGGGGGACUGUAUCCAGGAAAACAGUGUCUCUAAAAAGGACUCUGGGUCAUUAGAGAUGAUCAGUUGAACGUGAGCUCUCAGUGCGGUGCUGUGGCUGAGGGCUAUUGCGCUCCUUAGCUUUAUAGAUAGGGGAAUAUCAGGUAGGAGCAGGGAGAUAGUGUUACCUCAGUAUACAGUAUUAGUGAGAGCAUUGCCAGAUGCUGCAUCCAGUUCUGAUGUCCACACUUCAAAAAGAAUGUUGAAAAUUGGAAAAGGUUCAGAAUUGGGAAGAGGGUCUGGAAGAGACAUGAGGAGCACAAUCUCUCAUAGAUCGUCAGAAAGAUUAGGAGCUGGCUUGAUCAUGGUCUGUAAGUGGGGAGAUGAGUUCUGAUAGUAGAGGGCUCUUUAAUCUAUCAGACAAAGGCAUCGCUUGAUCCAGUGACUGGAAGAUAAAUUCAGACUAGGAUAAGGUGCAGCGGAAUUAAACAUUGGAGCAGUUUAUCAAAGGCUGUUGUGGGUUCUCUGUCACUUGAAGUCUCAAAUUCCAAGAUUUGACAUAUUUCUAAAAGAUCCUGCCCUGGCUUAACCAGAAGUUAUUGGACUUGAUGCGUGAUUGAGUGGGUGAUAUGUGACCUCUGUUGUUCAGGGGGUCAGACCAGAUGAUCACAAUGGUUCCUUCAGGACUUAGAUUAAUCCUGCAGACUCUGUUGGGAAGGAGGUGGAAUCAUGAGCCUCUCCAAAUUGUAAGCAGCCCAAGUAGUGUGAUGGGGCAGAACAUGCCUGACUUAAUGGGAGGGAGGUAACAGGGACAUGGCCCAGGUGGGUUGGCGGGAAGGCCGGGACACCAGCAUAGAGGAAUGGUCUACAGAGAGUUUGCUGCAGUGGAAGGAGAUGGGAAGGGAACAGCUGCUGCCUGCACAUUUGAGACACUUGGGGAAUGGCUGCCCAGGGUUCCGAGGUCCUUCACUGUAUGGUGCAUCCCAUUUUUUACCUUGUCUGUCGCCCUCUGUUGGUUUCUCACCAUUCUCCAUCCCUUACCCUGGAAUCAGUUCGCCCCCCACCUGGAAUAUGAUUUGAUUUCUUUUGAUGACUCGAUUGUUUCUGUUGUGAUUUAUCGUGUUGUUUUUUUUCUUCCUUUUCCCAAUCCAGUUAUUGUGAUCACUCUAAGCCCUGCUCCCGCUCCGUCCCAACGAGCAGCCCUGCAGCUCCCUCUGGCGAAUGAUGGCAGUAGCCGCUCUUCUUCCUCGGAGAACUCUCCCCAGCAUCAAACGCACCAGCCGCGCCGCCCGCUGCUGGGCCUGCCCCAGCCAUCCUUCCCCAUCCCCAGGAGCAUGGAGAGUAUAGAGAUAGACCAGAAGCUGCAGGAAAUCAUGAAGCAAACGGGUUACCUGACCAUAGGAGGGCAGCGAUACCAAGCAGAGAUCAAUGACCUGGAGAACCUGGGCGAGAUCGGCAGCGGGACGUGUGGUCAGGUGUGGAAGAUGCGGUUCAAGAAAACGGGACACGUCAUAGCCGUGAAGCAAAUGCGCCGCUCAGGUAACAAGGAGGAGAACAAGAGGAUCCUGAUGGACCUGGAUGUGGUGCUGAAAAGCCACGACUGCCCCUACAUUGUCCAAUGCUUCGGGACCUUCAUCACCAAUACAGACGUCUUCAUUGCCAUGGAGCUGAUGGGCACAUGUGCGGAGAAGCUCAAGAAACGCAUCCAGGGCCCCAUCCCCGAGAGGAUCCUGGGGAAGAUGACGGUGGCGCAUGGGGUGGCCGUGUCCUUUCAGAUCGUCAAGGCGCUCUACUACCUGAAGGAGAAGCACGGCGUCAUCCACCGGGACGUCAAACCCUCCAACAUUCUGCUAGACGAGAGGGGGCAGAUCAAGCUGUGUGACUUCGGGAUCAGUGGGAGGCUGGUGGACUCGAAGGCCAAGACCCGGAGUGCGGGCUGUGCGGCGUACAUGGCGCCUGAAAGGAUAGACCCUCCUGAUCCCACCAAACCAGACUACGAUAUCCGAGCGGAUGUGUGGAGCCUGGGCAUCUCGCUGGUCGAACUGGCUACCGGUCAGUUUCCCUACAAGAACUGUAAAACGGACUUUGAGGUGCUCACCAAGGUCUUGCAGGAAGAUCCUCCCCUGCUCCCAAACAACAUGAGCUUCUCCGUGGACUUUCAGUCCUUCGUUAAAGACUGCCUUACUAAAGAUCACAGGAAGAGACCAAAGUACAACAAGCUACUUGAACACAAUUUCAUCAAGCGUUACGAGACACUGGAAGUGGACGUGGCGUCUUGGUUCAAAGACGUCAUGGCCAAGACAGAGUCGCCCCGCACGAGCAGCAUCCUCAGCCAGCACCACCUGCCUUUCUUCACCAGAGUCGUUGUGUCUCGGGCACCAGCGAGCCGAAGAAGACAAGUCCCUCUCUAUCUCUGUCCCAUGUCCCCGGGAUGGGAAGACUCUUUCCAACUUGGCUCUGCAUCUCCAGCUGGGUGAGAGAAGGCCCUUUCCAGCCUGGCCCUGCAUGUCCAGCUGCUUGAGAGCCUGAAGCCUGCAGCACUGCCAGAUGAGAGGCCUGUUCCAGUCCUGGCCCUGCAUCUCCAGCUGGAUGAGAGAUGCUCCCUUCCGGACGGGUCCUAUGUCUCGAGCCAGACAAGAGGCCUGUUCCAGUCCCGGCCCUGCAUACUUGGCUGGACAAGAGAAGCCUAUUUCCAGCCCUGGCUUGCGUCUCCAGCUGGAGAAGAGAGGACUCUUCCCAACCCUGUCCCGCAACCUCCUUCAGACAAGCAGGCUCUGCUGGGAACCUCAUACUUCCCUUGGCCCUGAGAGGCGGCGCGUCACCUGUUUAUGCCUCUCUCUUCACCCCUCCUGCCCCCCGAGAAACUUGGGGAAUGGGGAAGGGAGGCUGGGACCUUCGCUCAUGCACUGUGAACAAAGACACACACAUUUUUUUUUACUACUUAUUUAUUAAGUUUGGACUCUGCAGGGCUGCAGGCUCCCUGCCAUGCCCGUCCGCCAGCCAUCUGCGUUGUUGUUUUAUGUCUCUUACUUUUCUCUCAUGUUUUGGGAUUGUAUCAGGGGAGGGGGGUGGUGGAGGAGGGGGCACCUGGGGUGUGCGGCUUCAGACUUCACCUAGGAGCUCAGCCCUUGCUCUCUUUUCAGUUAAUUUUAUUUUUCCUUGGGGGCGGGGCAAGGGUGGGGCAGGGGAUGAUUCUCGCCGGAAGCAGCUCAGCUGAAGUGAUUUAUGCUGAUGAUUUUUUUUUUUAAUUCUGUUUUUGAUCUCAGGGUUUUUCCUGUUUCCUUUAUUUUAUUUUAUUUUUUCCCCUUGGAGUGCGAACAGAAGUUUUUUGUUUUUCUUCUGUCCGUGGCGUUGUAUUUACCAAAGUGAUCGCUGGGCUGCUAAGCAUUGGGAGAACAUGGUUGCAUAUUAUUUUUCUUUUGCUAUUUAAAAGGAGGGCGUGAAAGUGAAAAAAAAGAAGUUAAUUCUAGGGGGCAGAAACAAGUAUUUGCAGCCUGCAAUCUCCUCCAACCGCGGCAGCUGCGGAGUUGUAAAAAUCAAAGACACUAAUGAAACUUGAAGUUGUUCUUUUCC